AUGCUCAGUCCGCCAGAUAUCACAGACCAGCCCACUAACGCAUUCCUGUACGAGCAUUUUCUCGAAGAUCGUUGGUCACGAUUGAGGUACAUGGUACAAUGGGCUAAUAGCCUCAUAUCUGUGGAGGUCAUGCAAGAGCUACGGAAACGAUAUCCAAGGAGCCUUGCGGUACAAGGGAUGAUGGAAGAGGUUUCAAGAACCAAGAGGACCGACUUUCGAUAUGGAUAUCUACCCACAGUGGAGGUCCUGGACGCUUACAAUGACGAGUCGGUACUUCAAGAUCUAGUAGAGAUCCUGGCGACAAAUCCGGAAUUCAGUUAUUUGACUUCGCGAGAGUACGACGAAGGGUUAAGGGAGGCAACGGGUCCCGACGAAGACGACGAAGACUUGCCUUCUGAGGAUGAGGAUUACUUUUCCGACACCUCCUCCGAUGCUAACGAUGAGGAGUUGCCCUGCUACUCAAAGGAAACGCAGAUGGCUGUCUUGCAGUGGAACCCAAAAACGUGGUCGAUUCCAGACCGCACCGAGCUCAAAAGAGUCUUGAAGUUCCUACCUCCAUGGCCCACAGCGCCUCCGAAGCCGCCUGUUGACGACGCUUGGACACCAUACAUGUAUUUCUCAGCGGCCGCAGUAGCUGCUCGCUUUCUUGAAGGGCUUUCUCCGAACAUAUCCCGGAACCUGCGCAAGAUUGUUCUCCAGGAAGACCGUGUGAGUGUGUCUCGUCCAAAGACCCAUGCACAGGCUUUCAUACCGAUGUGCAUUGAGAAUCCUGCUCUCCGUGUAGAACGCAGGGUUGACGUCUGGUAUGCCGAGUUCGCGCAUCAGAGCGAAUAUUUCCACGAUGAUACAAGCGGAAUAAUUUUGUCGAUUGCCAUGUGGAUCAACGAGGUCAAGACAUUGUACCAAUUGGGUAUGCCCGUCGGGUGCUUCAGUCUAGUCUUGCACGGACCUUCCAAAAGAGCAAGCCAGCAGCUUUGCGACGCUGUUGUAAGAGCAGCGAUAUGGCAAGAUGGCGCUUUCGAGAUAGCCCGGCGAGAGCAGCGGCUCUACGACUGGCAGAACGACGACGGUAUAGCCGAAGACUUCGUCGACCUUAUCAAGGAGAUGCUGCGAGGGGAGAUAUCGGCGAGGUUCGAUGGUGCGGACAUGGGCGAGAUAUGGGAUAUUGAAAAGACCCUACGCGAACACGAUGGUGACUGGCCUCGUCACGUCGGGUGUGUGGUUCGUCUCCAGGAUUUCGACGAGCCGGAUGGUGGUUGGGAAGCGGCGCGCGAGGUGUAUGAAGAGAACGUCGAAUGGAUGGAUAGAAUAAACGGGUGGAGACAAUUGGCCAGAGAAGCGUAG